UGCACGAAAGCUCGACUUUACCGUACUGCUCAUUAUCGGCCAUAUUCGUUUUGAUUUCGUCGUCGUCGUCGUCGUCGCCGUCGUCGUAUUUGUGCUCCGCGUAGAUUUGUGCAUUAUUGCUGGGACAAAUAGUUGAUUUCCAACAUAAAAAAGUGGUGCGUUUCAAUUGCGAACUGUUUACCCGUCCCGUGCGUGCAGUGCACUUGGCAGCAGCAGCAGAAACUCGACCAGAAAACAGUGCGAACAUUUUCGGUGUGUUGAGAGUUUUGUGUGUGUGUGGAAUCGAACGAAGCAAGAAGCAGCAGCAGUGGUGGUGCAGAGCAAAGCGAACGCAGCAAAGGAGAAAAAUACACUUUUAUUCUACGCGUUUCGCUGACGGGUCGGAAUUUCUUCGCAGUUCAUUUGACGCACUGCAUUGUCCCGGACAGCAGCCAUCCUCCACCACCCUCUCCCCGGACAGCAGGAUUUGCAUCCAUCGAAGCUUUGCCUUGGACACGGCUGUGGGUUGUGUGAGUUUUGCAAAACACACCCCCUCCCACUGUGGACAGACGGACCAACGACAGAGAGAGAAAGAGAGAGAAGGAAAAACACGCAGCAGUGAGAUAGAUGCUGCCCUGAAACGGAAGGUUGCUGAUUUUUAUUACCAAAACAACAGCAAAACUCGCCCCUCCGGACCGCCGGAGCUGACCGACAGCGGGACGGUAGUGGCGAGCUAGUGGUGGUGGUAGUGCGAGUAAGAAAAUAUCCUUGCGCUGCUUCGCUCAUCUCAUUACCUCAUCCUCUACGUGUGUGCGUGUGUGUGUGCGCGUGAACCGCAGUGUGUUGGUGGUGUGUGGUGCACGCACAUUCUCUGCGUUUUGCACCCCCCUCCCUCUUCUCCAUGGAGCACAAAUUGCGCAAGUAGCGACAGAGAGUGAUCGGUGCGUGUGUUAGUGUGUGUGUUUUUGUUUGUUGGUGUGUGCUACCUCCUCUACGUGCGUUUCAUGGAUGCGUUGGUGAGCCACAAACAAACCCUCUGAGCGCGACGACGAACAAAAUACUACGAACUACCUACGAGAAGACGACAGGUUGGGAGGUAGUGUCCCUCUAGCGAGAGAAGCUUUUUAGUGUAUCCAUUUAAUUGCAACCCCUCUCCCCCCCCCCCGCUCCUCCGCGUACUUCCCUCGAAAGUGCGGCCCAGCGCCCAGCCCAGCAGGUAGUACUGCAGGUGAAACAAAGUAGGCUGAGUGUGUAAUUAUUUAUCCGAUAUAGCCCUGCCCCCUCCCGGCCUUACAUAGCCCAUAGCAUAGCAAGCGGCACGCACACAGCGAAGCGAGCAGACUGCGUUUGCGUGUGUGUGUGUGUGUGUGUUUGCGUGAGCCUGUUCACCAUUGCGUUAUGUUUGGUGCGCCCCUAGGCCCGUGCGACGCUGGCGCUGCCGUGAAGGGACGGCGGUGGUGAAAACACACACAUUUGUCCGGGCGGGCGGGCGGGCGGUGGCGCAUGUGAUCACAUGUGAUCACACGCCAGGCGAAAAAUGUGCUGCUCGACGCGCAUGAUAAUGAUGGAAAUGACGCUCGGGGCAGGACGCCGCUACGACGAGCAGUGGAAGCUGCGGGGCGACAAUCGUGACGACAAGGCUGCCGCGGUAGGGUGGUGGUAGAGCUCUGGAACAACCUUUAUGCUGGAACGAACGUACACAAACACACCCUUAAACUAAGCAGCGAUUCGGGGGUUGUUCCCUUUUCCAAACAAAAGCCGUGCCUCGUUGGGCGAAAUAGAAGGAUACAAAUGAAAAGAUGAAAAACGUUCCAAUCUAUUGAUCGUGACGUGAUCGUGAAUUUUCUAUGUCUGUGUGUGUGUUGCCGUGAUACGAAACAGUGCGUGUGUGUAGAAACAGGUAGAAGGUUGGGGCCUGAAAGUGCGUGCAGAAGUAACAAGAAAACAGGUGACACAAGGGUGGAAAAAGAAGCGUGAUCGUGUGUUUUUUUAUUAUUAUUAUUGUGUCGCCACUGUUCCUCGCACUCACAUUUGCACGGCCGGAAAACGUGUGUGUGUGUGUGUGUGUGUGGCUGUGUGUGAGAGUAUAUCGUCGCCGAUAAUAUUUAUGUUUUCACUUGCAUCCCGUGCGUGAAAAUGCUGCACGAGUGUUCGUAUCUGUGAGUGCGCAUUAGUGUACGUUUUACCCGUGACGACUAGAUGGAUGCAUUGUGCCGUGUGCGUGCGUCGUUCUAAACUGAAGGCGUUGUAGGUGUAUUAGUUGACGUAGUACGGUGUGCAGUGCCGUCAAGAAUUAAAACACAAAUAAAGGAGGGGCAAAAGUGCAAAACAAAAAACAACGAAAACAGUGAUAAGUUUAAACCUGUUUUUACAAGAAAUUACUCUAAUUACUCUCUACGUGCGUGUGUCUGUUUCUGGUGUGUGGAACCUUUAUUUGUGUUUACUGCGUGGUGCGCGUCAGUGUACGUGUGUUUAUGUGUAUGUAAAAAGUCUUCCGCAAACAAACAAAAACAAACGGAUAGCAAAGUGCGUAUCCUCUUGUGCAGAUUGUGGUACUUUACGAUCACCCAAAAAAACCCGUGUAGUGUGUGCCUGCUAUUGUUUUCGUGAGACAUAAUUUACAUUUGUCUGUUUGUGUGCGUGAAGUGAGUGUGUGUGUGUGUAACAAUCACGAUUAAACGAUUAAACACAUAAGCACGUCAGUUCGCACGUGUGUAAGCUCAGGAAAGGAGAUCAAAACCAUCUCCCAUCCCCCUUUUUCCUGUGGAAUAGCAUGCAAAUAGAUCGUAAAGGUAUGUCAUCAUUCUACAUCAUUUUCCAAACACGUGAUCAAAGGAACUUGCGUAAGUCAUGCAUUACAACCUUUUUGAAAUGUGGCUUUUAUUUACUUCUAUCACGGCAUUGUACUUUUGAAGCAUCUUUCAGCGACUGAAGGAUUUGGUUUUGAAGAUUUGACUUUUUUUUUGCAACUUUUGAACCAGCGUGAAAAUCUUUGUUUUGGAAUAUGUUUUGAUAUCGCCAGGUUCGGACACAGAUUAAUUGAUAUUUUACGACUAAUUAUAACAAUUUAUCCCAAAGAGUGUUUAAGAGAGAAUGUUUUUACAAGCACUAAGUUUUUUGCUCAUUAGAAACCAUCAUAUGACCCCUUCGAUGGACAUAAGUGUUGAAGAUGGCAAUCUUUCGUCAAACUCGAACUACCCUUUUAAGCUUAUAGAAUUGUGUAUUUAACACACAACAACAAAAAACCGAUUUGGCAACAACACAUUUACAUCAAUGCGUUGCAGUUCAUCAUCUUUGGUGCGAAUAUUACAAAAAAUCAUCGCAAAAACGCCAUAUGCUCUUCACAUUGCUAUAAACAUCGUUUAAUCGUGUAAUCUAAUGGAAACAUCUAAUGCCAAUUACUUCAAACUCUCAUUCUCCAAAAAAAAUAAAAACAUGUUUCCGCGGAAGCACCACCAACCUCUAUCCCUCCCCCUCCAAUAGCUUUUCGUUUUGGAACGUGGCCCUCUGUUCCGCGUAGCCGAGCAACCCAAGUCACUUCAGGGGCAAACCUCCAACCCAGAGAGGUUUCCAGCGCCACAGCUAUCUCACACACACAGCCGCACCGAAUCCCAUCGCGCCUGACGCAAACCAACAUAGUUGUGUGUAGUUAAUGUAUCACUCCCCGAAACCAAAACUGGUUACCUUCGGAGUUCUAAUGGUUUUUCGGCUCGGCAAGUUUCCGUUUGGGAGCCGCCGCCCCGCAUAUGCUUCGGUGUCCCACUACCACCGCGCGGGCUCCUCCUAAUCGGACGAGAAUCGGGUGUAUGUGUAUGCAAGUCAUCCGCAAGACUCCGAAUAGAAAAGACUACAGCAGCGGCGUUGGAAACGGGCACAGGGUCAGUACGCAACACAGCAAAAAGCUCUCCACCCUGAGCAAGUUGCGCUCCGUCCUGUUGCGAGUGGAUUGCUGCGAGGACGCUCGCACACUCAAAUGUGGGUUUGGGGUGGGCUGGUGGAGAGCUUGGAGAGCUUUUUCGGAGAGCAAUUCCAAGAACUCAGCAGCUUUUAUGAGUGACACACACACACACCGCUACGCGCGUGAGCUGGCAGUGCACUGAUGAGUGCACGAGCGGCGAGUGAGUGCCUUUCGCGGACGUACAGGAAGUCGGCCGCUCAGUCGGAAAUUAACGCUCAUUUUGAGUUCGCAUUUCGUGAGGGGCGGUCACAAUUUCCGUGCGUGCGUGCGUUUCGCGAAACUUCCACUACUACGUGCUUCUUAAAUGCAACGUACAGAGUCAGAGUUGAAUAAAGAGUAAAAGCUUCGGUGGUGUAAGAAAUCCAAGGGCGGCGUUGUAUUUCGUGUGCUUGACUCCGUGUGCUGCUUGUGAGUGGUAAAUAAGUGUGUGCGAAAAGGAAAGGUGUCUCCAAAGUUUCUGUGAUGAAAUGAUGCUUAGCAAGCGCAAGUAAGCGCGUGAUUUCUAAUGGAAAUUGAAAGAUAAAAAAUAUAUAUUACAGUGAGUGUCAAUUGUGUAGGUGCGUGUGCGUGUGUGUUUGUAAAUGUGUGGCAUUAGUGCGAGUUCUCGCAUGCCCGCGGUGCCCGGUAUCCUUGAGCCAUUCCUCUAGUGUGCUCUAGCGGCGAAAGGGUCGUUAUCGGGGGAUCGUCACGUUUACAUCGCGUAAUCGUUUACUUUAUCAUUUACUGGUGCGAGAAAGAAAGAGUGUUUGUGUGUGUGUCCGUAGGUGAGUGCUUGUGUGCGCCAAUGUGUUUGUGGGCCGGUAUACGGAUGUGUUUGUGUGUCUGUGCACGCGUAUGUGAUCCUUGGCGAAUGCGCAAGCGCGUCCUGCUCGCCUGAGGAGGCGAUCCGUCUCAGUGUCUAUUUCUAGAAGUGCAGUGCGACGAGGAAGAAGCGAGUGAUUAAAUAAUUAUCCUCCCCCCCCCCCACACAUACACACGCACGCACAUACGGUGCGUUUCCCCCUUAUCCGGUAGACGCAGGGCAGAGUGGAGGGCGUAAACAGCACAACGAUCGCGCGAUCCUGUGUGUGUGUGUGCAACGUCGUUCUCGCCGCGUUUGUUGCAUUUCUUCCAUUCCCUUCCGGUCGUGUCCUUUCGCGUCGUAAGGUUUGGUGCGUCGGUGUGUCGUAUUUGUUGUUGUUAUUGUUGUUAAAAUUGUUUGGUUUCCUAACCCAAGUGUGCUGCAAGCCGACGACAACGCCGAGCGCGCGCUACAACCAAGCGUGUGUGCGGGAAAAUUCUUCGCUGGUGAAUUGUUUAUUUUAGUGCUUCAAAAUUUGGGAUUACUCGUUAGACCUGGUGGCUGGCGUAUCAGCGACCACGGAGCGACUUACAGCUCCCCCCGCGCCUCCACAGGGCCCUUCGCCCCUUCAGCUCUUAGAUGAGUCUCACAUGUCAAUUGCUGCGGCUGAAAAUGCAGGGCUUGGCCCAUGUGAACUACCACUGCCGGACCAGUGGCUUGUGCAUACACAACUGUCGCAGUCAACGCAAUCGUCUCAAGCAUCGUUCUACGCCGCGUCGCAAUCCGGUGGCCAAAGUUUGGGCGGACUCGGUGGACUGUCAACAGCCGCAACACUGCCGAUACAGCAACAUUCCUCCAGUACCAGUAACCAGCAGCACCAGCAGAAUCACCAACAGCAGCAGCAGCAGCCCCCGUCGCUGCCAUCUCAGUUGCAAAACCAAAUCACUGCCGGCGCAGUUACACCGGGAGCAGCUCCAGCAUCACAACUGCAGAGUCAGUCAAAAAUAAUGAAUGUCGUCGUACCAUCCGUGGCCUGUCCGCCUACCGCAUCGAAAAAGAUUCGCCGCAAACCAGACGCGAAGCAGCCACAGUCACAGAUCAACAAGUGCAACAACGAGAAACGUCGCCGAGAGCUUGAAAAUGAAUAUAUUGAACAACUUGGCGAGUUCCUGCAGAUCAAGCGGGAUAUGACCGCCUGCAAACCAGACAAAGCGGCAAUACUAAGUGAAGUUGUACGAACGUUUCGUCAUAUGCUAGAGCAAGGAAACCCGAAUCUCACUGGUUCGCGGUGUUCCAAAUGCUCGCCGGAUUGCUCCGCCUCCUGCAAACUGCACCCGGUGCAACAGGGCGAGGUGUCAUCCACUGAACCGCCACUACCGGAACCGUCGGUAAACGGCCACUCGCCGGAAAAGUCGGCCUACUUCGAGGCGGUGCAACACUACAUCUCGAACGUCGGCUGGGCCCUGCUCGAGAUCAACUCGGAGGGUGUGAUCGAAUGUGCCACGGAGAACGUCCGCGACGUACUGCACUACUCGCGCACGGAGCUCCACGGACAGUCUAUAUAUUCGUACCUGCAUACUGGUGAUCAUUCAAAGCUGAGUCCUAUUUUAAAUAAGAAUUCGUUUGAGCUAAACUGGGAUCAAAAUGAAAUGUUCUAUCAGACGCCAAAGCGUACCAUUCGUACUAAAAUCCGUUGGUUACUGAGGGCGCCCGAAGGAGCAAACGAAACGAUCGAGCAAAAGCAGCAGCGCUUGGAAAAGUACAAGGAUCUGCUAAUCAUCUCUGCUCCUGUAAAGGAUGAUACGGAGGAAUCGUCCUCGGUGCUCUGUCUAAUUACACUACCCGAGGACGACCAGGCAACCAUAGAAACCACCACCAUGCCACAAACGCUAGACGAGCAGCUAACACUGAAGCUGGAUACUAGCGGUAACAUUAUAGAUUAUAACUCAUCGACGCUAAGGAAACAGUUUGCAGGAAAUCUUACCAAAGAAAGCAUACGGUCAAUCUACGACCUCUGCCACUAUCAGGACCGACCGCGGCUGAACGAGCACCUGGGCAAUGUCCGGUCGUCGAACGGUACGCCGCACGAGCUGACCUACCGGUUGCGCCUCGGCGGCCCGGACGUGUACGUGCACGUGAAAACGCAGUCCAAGCUGUUCCGCUGCACCAAACCAAACGAGACGGACUUCAUCAUGGCCAUCUGUACCGUGCUGACGGAGAACGAGGUCGCCAUGCUCUCGGCGGACAGUGGCGCGAUGGCGAUGGGUGUCGGCGGCAGCAGCAGUGGUGGCCUUAGUGCAGCAAUGAGCGGCAGUAACAUUAACAAUAACAAUGGCAACAGCAGCAGUAGCAGCAAUCCUACCUCAUCCUCCUCAUCCCUCGGUCUGCUGAUGCCGAGCACGAGCGGCACUGUGACGGGCGGUGGCCUGAACGGUUCGAACGAUGUCGUCGCCCGCCAUAUGGCCCAAAUCACGCAGGGCGUCAGCAACAUGGGCGGUCCGCUGAUGUCGAGUGUGCUGAACGGGGGCGGCGGCAGUACUGUUGGUACGGGAUCGAACGCGUCCGGCAUGCUCGGCGGUGGCGGCAUGACCGGUGGCAGCAUGAGUGUGGCCGGAGGCGGUAUGGCCGGCCCGGGCGGUACCACACCCGGGUCGGCGGGCGGCUCCGGACUGGGUGGUGGUGGUGGUAUGGGUGCAGGGGCCGGCGGCAUGGGCCCGUCCGCCGGCUCGAUGGGCUCGAUCGUAUCGCCGCGCAGCAAUCCCAACUCGUCCUCGCUGCUGUGCGGCCCCAACUCCGACAGCAGCAACUUCUUCAAUACGGAGUUCGAGCUCGACUUUCCACAUUCCACGUUCGACAUGGAGGCGGUUGGGGUCGGGUGGGACUCGCGGCCCGACUCGCGCACCAGCGUCACGCCGGUCAGCACACCGCGGCCGCCGUCGGUUAGUGCGUACAGCCCGGCCGCUGCCCCGAUGUGUGCGUCACCGAUGACGCCGUACUACUCCGGCAGCACGAUGGGCGGAAUGCCCUCGCCCUCGAACAACAACAACAACGGUGUGCCGGGGGGUGGUGGCGGUGGCAGCAGUGGCAGCAGUGGCGGUGGGCUCAUGAACCCAAGCCUUUCCUUAAACAACAACAAUAACAACACGAAUAAUAACAAUACGGGGACGCCGUUCGGCACGAACGCGUUUCAGUUCCCGUUCGAGGACAGCAAGGACAAGCUGCAGGAUUUGCAACAGCAGCAGCAGCAGCAACAACAGCAGCAACACCACCAUCCCCAUAUGUCGCCAAUGCAACAGCAUCAGUCAGCGAUGUCGGCGCAGCAGCAGCAGAUGGUACAACGACAGCAACAUCACCAACAGCAGCAGCAGCAGCAACACCUACAGCAACAUCUGCAGCAGCAAAGUCAGCCACCGUCGAAUACGCACGAUUCGGAGCGGUUGCGGAAUCUGCUUACAACCAAACGACCUCACUCAAAUGCCUCAUCCUCAUCCGGUUUGGAUAUGGACCAUGACCAUCGGAAUCCGAAUCGAAUUCUAAAGGGCUUGCUAAAUUCGGAAGAAGAUAAGGAUACUAAUGGCAAUAAAUUAAGUACCGCAUCUCUUUCACAACGUAUACCUCAGUCAGUUAGAGCUUCAACGCAGGGUAGUAAUAACGGUGGUGGUGGUGGUGGUGUUAGUGGGCUGGGAUUAGCAACCCGCGCAGGAAAUGAAACCAAUAAAUCCGGUAGCAAUAAUAUGCUAUUGCAGCUGCUCAACGACAAAAGUGAUGAUGACGAAAGUGACGCCCGCAACCGACAAGGUCCGAGCGAACUUCUAAAGCAGCUGCAAAAGGUUAAAGAUGAGCCGAAGGAGCACAAUCCGCCGCCAUUGAACAAUGAAGAACUCAUCCAGAUGCUACGGGUACAAAGCAACGAUCGCAAACGGCCAUCGACCGAGCCGGACGAGGGCGCCGCGGUCAAGCGCACGGACAACAGGCCGUCGAAGUUGCGCGAGCGCAACAAGAUGCUGGCCUCGCUGCUGGCCAACCCGGCCAAAGCGCCAAUGCCGAUGCAAACCGCAAUGCCGUUCAAUCGCAUCAUCCCGGACAUACCGAACUCGGGGCUGGCCCGCCAGCUCACGAACGUGUCGAGCUCGACGGCGCCGAAUCAGACGCUGAACAACAACAAUCUUACAACUAGCAACAAUAAUCUAAAACAAGUACAACAGCUGAACCAAAUGCGCCUACAGCAGCAGCAGCAGCAACAGCAACAACAGCAGCAGCAGAUGCGCAAAUCAGCUAUGCCUUCUCAAUCACAGCAGCCUCCAACAUCCUCCGAUAUCUACCUCAACCAUCAGCAGCAGCAGCAGCAGCACCAUCAUCAGCAACACCCCCAGACGCACCCGCAACACCUGCAGCAGCAUCAUGCGCAGCAGCAUCAGCAGCAGCAUCAUGCGCAAGCGUCGAUGCUGCAGCAGCAGCAGAUGUUGGCCGCCCAGCGGCAGCAGAACUUCUCGCCCGCCAUCCAGGACGCCGGCAUUGGGUCGGCCGGGGGCGGUUCGUUUGCCACGGCGACACCCGCUACCUCCACACAGCUCGUCUCCGAGUGGGACCCGGAGCUCAACGAAAUACUUAAUCACGUGAUCGAGAUUGCACCGGAAGGCGACUUUGCCGAAAGUGAACUCAACAGUAUCUUAGGCUUAAGUCCAAUUGAAUCAUCCACAUCGUCGGUUGUACCGUCACAGUCGUCCACCCAGCCAGACAUACACGAAAAGCUGGCGAUCAACGCGAUCCAGAAGUCGUUGAUGCAGUAUGAAAACGUUAGCUCACCAUUGCAACCGCAGCCCCAGCCCCAGUUCAGCGGCAGCCCACCGGCGUACCCGAUGCACUCGAUGGCGGGCGGAGCGAACAGCAGCGGCUCUGGUGCUGGUAGCAGUGGUGGCGGUGGCGGUGGCGGCGGUGGCGGCGGUGGUAUGAGCGGCGUAGGUCCUACCGGCAGCGGUCCCGGCAGCUCCGGCGGUACGGGCGGUCCGGGCAUGAACUCUGGCAGCAGCGGCAUGCAAUCGUCACAGGCGGGGCCAAAUCAAAACUUUACCCCUCCACCAGUGUACACGCAGCGGAUGCGAAUACCGCAGGGGCAGCUGGGCGGGGGCAACAAUCCGGGUGUGCCGCAGAAUUUGCUUGCAAUGCAGAAGCUGCAGCAUCAGAGCCGCGAUCGGAUUUUGCAGGAGCAGCAGCGGACGCGGCUGCUGCAGCAGCAGCAGAAGCAGCAGAUGGUCGUUACGGUGAACUCGGCCGCGAACGCAGACCUUGGACCUCCGAACGUUACACUGACCCGUGCAAAUAACGUGCCGGAUUCGCAGCUCAGUCCCGGCUUCUCACCGAGCCUGAUGCAGCAACAGCUCAGUCCAAGUCAAAGGACGCAACUUAGUCCGCAACAAGCAGGAUUCCAAGGCAACCCGUUCAACAACAAUCCAGGCCAUCGGUUAUCUCCCCAGCUACAGCAGAUGGUGUCCGGGUUUGGCAACGCAGGUGGCAACGUCAACCAGCAGCUAUCACCGCGCCAGCCACCGUUCGGUGGCGGAGUCGGUGGCCCAGCGGUCAACCAACCGAAUGUGGUCGUUCCGGGACAAUCGCCACAACAGCAACAGCAGCAGCAGCAACAACAGCAACAACAACAGCAGCAACAACAGCAGUGGCAACAGAAUGCGAACGCAAGGCUCUCUAUCCAGCAGCAAAAUCCGAUGCUGAAUGCUCAGCUUUCGUCCGUGGGCGGAUUCAACCCUGCCGCAAACCGACAGUUCGUCGGUCCGCCCCAGCGGCAGCGCGGUACGCUCAACAGUCCCGGCACGCCCCGGCAGCAGCAGAACGCGUUCGGCGGAACCAUGGUCGACGGGGGUGGAUUUCCCGGGCCACCGAGUCCCUCGCCGGUCGGCGUGUCCGCACCGAACUUUGCCAAUCCCGUCUAUGCCAACCAGCAGAUGAGGCUCCAGCGGCAGGGCAGCGUGCCACCGCAGUCCACCCAGCACUUGCCAGGAUCGCCCCGUUCCGCGUACGGUGGACAUGGGCCCGGUCCGGACGCCACCGGUUACGGUAUGAUGUUCGGCAAUGCGGCAGCAAUGCAGCAGCACGCGGCGACCUCACCAGGCGAUUUCUUCAAUCGCAGUCAAACUGGUCUCAACGGUGGUCAUAAUAUCGGUGGUGGUGGUGGCAAUAGUAUUGGUGGAGGCGGCGGCGGCAACGGCGGAGGCGGAGGAGGAGGAAACGGACCCGGUCUAAGCAAUGGUACGAACGCACCCAACACCGGCCUAAACCAUUCGGAACUGGUGCGGCAGGAGCUGCGGGCCAUUGUGAGUGGCCGGGCGCACCGGCCACCGUCGCACAGCCCGCACAUGGGCCUGUCGCCCCUCGGUGCCAUGUCCCUGCACGGCUGUGGCCCCGGUGAGGGCGGUGGUAGUAGUAAUGGUGGAAACCAUACCGGCUCCAACGCCACCAGCACCGUCGGCAGCAGCAACGGCACUUGCGGUGGUUCGCUUUCCAACGCGUCCUCGGCUAUGCUGGGCGGUAUCGGUGGUGGUGGUGGUAGUGUUGGUGGUGGCGGCGGUAGUAAUGGGGGUGGAGGAACCGCACGAACAUCCAUGGCGGACGCUGGCACGUCCGGGGCGAUGCUUCACAGCGGGGGCUCGACCGCGGGGCUCGAUUCAUCGAUGCUGUACAAUUUCCAUCUCACCCAGAAAGAGUUUUUCGGAGGAAACACGAGUCGGUGACCCGAGAAAUUCAUCCCUUCUUCUGCAAAAGCUUCUAUCGGACUAAAGUGAGCGGACGGCAGCGGUGACAACGGACUCUAGCAGCAAAAACAGCGAUCACCUCAUUCCGCUCAUUGUCGCGGCAUAGCAAAACACGGCGACCUAGCUAUGAGCAGGCGGCGGCGAAAGGGUGCAUAAAUGUGCUUUUUGCUUUAAAGUUGCAGGAGCGAAACAAAAAGACAAAGCUCUCGUUGUGCGAACACCGCCGACCGGGGCGACUAGGUCGUCCUCUCGCGCUCUGCUCCCCUUCACCGAGAAUCGUGCAUGCGUGGAGUUGGUAGCGGGCAGUAAAAAAUACCCCCCGUCUAACCACCUCCAGCGUAUGUGCUCCAUAGAAAACUUACCUUGCAAGUGUACUGAAAAAAAAAACGGCUCCUCUCCGGUGGUGGAUUCUGUGUGCGGUGAUGACGGUGAUGAGGCACAGAAGUUGGCGAUUACGCGCAUGUGAGGCGCAUUUGCCGCGGGCGCAACACCGGACGAGCAUAAGCAACAAAUGAUACAACCGAUUUGUGAUUUGAUGUUGAAAACAAAAAUAAAAUUAGCCGUAUAGAGAGUGUGCGUGUGUGCGCCCUCACACACCUCGUGUAUAAAAAUUGAGAACGUUAGCGAAACACGAAAAACAAAACAUGCAGGUGAUAUAUGUGCAUGUAAAAAAUAGAAGCAUACAAAGUAGUAACAAAAUAACAUGGAAACAAUGGGAAAAGGGAUAGUUGGUAGGCGCAGUUGCGCGAAAAGGCGCAGAAGAAAAGAACACGUUACGAGUAAUUGCUAUCGUAUUCUAGCGUUAAAGUGUACAUAAUAACCCUUAUCUAUUAUAUAUAUAUAUAUAUAUAUAUAUACAUAUGUAUGUUACACAAACAAACAGUAAGCUAAGUCACAUGUAAAAAAAGGAGAGAUAAAAAAGGUUAUUGUUUUGUAGCACAGAUGCGUGUGUUGCGUAUUUGGCUUGCGUACAACAUAUAACAUAGGAGAGCGCAUAACAUUGGCCGAAUGUGGACCGUGCUCUAAGCUAAGCCGCUCGGCUAAUCCGGGGAAAGUGCUAACGCAGCGAAGAAGAUCGCGCGCCCGAGGGGAAGGACCGAAAACAAAAAAUAAUGAAUGGAAAUAGAAAUACCUCUAACUUUAGUUCAAAGUAAAAGUUACAACACAUAAAGAAGCUUACUACAGCAUGGAAAGUAACGUGCAUACAAAAAAAAAACACAGUAAACACCUUUGAACUUAAUGAAACACCGCUACAUGUAAAAAAAAACAAA